GUGGAUGGAGUGAGGAGGAGGAGGAGGAGGAGAAAAAAAAAAGCAGAAGCCAAACAAGAACGGUGGAGACUGGCGUGGAGGGUCGUUUCGACACGAACAGGCGGGGAAGGAUGCUUGAAAACAAGAGAGAGAGAUUGAAAACCUUCCUGAGGAAGAUCGACGAGAAGGCCAUCGUCAAACUCAAGCACUUCAUGAAAGAGAGCAGCUACCCAGUAGACAGCAGCAGUGGUGGCGGGCUGCCAGCCAAGGUGAAGAAAAGCAGGAGCAGCUUCAGGAAGGUGGAGACCAGGAAAGCCUUGAGCUUGGAGGCCGUCCAGCUCGAGCAACAGCACAAAACCUUAACCAGACAAGAAUCCACCAGGUCGCAGACGUUCGAUGAUGAAAACAUCAGAAGCUUUGAGAGGACGGAAAGCACUGGCACACAAAGUAGUUUCAUAAAGCACAACAAGACAUUCCACAAGUUAUUUCCAGACAUUCCUAAGGGUGAAGACUUGAUACACGCAUACAUCUGUGCCCUGCAGAAGGAAGUGCCCUACCACGGUCGACUGUACAUCACUGAACUACAUGCCUGUUUCUACUCCUCAGUUCUGCUAAAGGACACCAAGGUAGUUAUUCCAGUUUCCUGCAUCCACAUAGUGAAGAAGCAAAACACAGCUUUACUAGUACCCAACGCCUUGUCCAUUCGCACCACGGAAGGAGACAAGUACCUGUUUGUGUCGCUGCGUAACAGAGAAUCAUGUUUUCAGCUGCUGCGCUCAGUGUCUCCUCAGCUCGAGGAUGGCAGCGCAACUAGUAGCCCUGUCUUCUCCUCAACUGAGAACAGCUUUGAUAAGAGCAAACUUGUGAACUCCAGCCAGUCCAGUCUGGACAACAGCUUCGACCAAUUCGAUGGCUCCGAGUCACAAUCUCUUCAGGACCAGCCUCUGCACAGAGCACACAGAGAGGCAGUGCCUAACGGGAAUGGCCCGACCUUCAGGAGCCCACACAUGCAGCAGAGUGAUAGCUCAUCCUCAGAGGAGCUGUCAGUAUCAGGUUCUGGAUCGUGGGUCUGGAAUGUGACAGGAAAGGCCAAGUCCCUGCUGGUUCAGAGAGAGGCCAGCACCCUCAACACUCUACUCUUUAUUUACUUGAUUUUGGUGGUGCUGCUGCUGCUGUCAUCCGGUUACAUUGGUUUACGUAUCGUGGCCCUGGAGGAACAGCUGACGUCCCUAGGGGCCUUGUCUGAGUUCACUUUACAGAGCGGGUACCAAGACACAUAACACGCAGCGACUGAAGGAGAGAUUGGUUGACUCGUGAUCGGAGGAUUAUUUCGACCUCUUCCAGCUGAACGCAGCGGGAGAAAUUUAAUGUACUCAAGACUGUGCUCCCAACAAGGCCUGUGCUGUUAGUGUGCUGCUAGAGGAAAGAAAUGGCCAACCUGUGCAAUUUCAAAGACAACUCGUAAAACUUGAAGGGCUAUACUUCCUCUCAGUGCAGUAGACAAAUGGACAUACCACGACUUUGUCACACAGAGCCGUGCCAAAAUGCACACACACACACACACACACACACACACACACACACACACACACACACACACACACACACACACACACACCCUGCCUGGUUGCAGCGUGUGUGUCGUUUUAAAACAAACCAAAGCCAAACGGCUCUAACUUAGCAAUGUGCCACGCUAGCCAAGUUGACGGGCACUUUCUUUGACAGAAACUGCUCCACAUCUGAAGUUAUGUUAUCCAUCGUCCUUCACACGGACUCCUCUACCUGUGCGUGCAGUCUGAACAGGGCUAUACCGAUCAGCAUUAGCCUGCCGUAGUGCUUAUUGCUGCACCUCAACACCAGAGACGUAGUGCUAUGCAUAACCAAAGAUGCACACAGUGCAUGUCUUUUGCAUGACUGCAGGGAGAUGAUUUUAAAGAUGAUUUUCUAUCUCUUGUUUUCCCUCCAUUUAUUUAUCAGCUGACUACAUCUGUUUCUGUCCUUCAAUUCUGUUGAGUACUUCUCUCUGAAUGGUUCCUAUCAGCUGCGGGUUGGAAUGAUGAUAGCUGAAACUUAAAAAUCAGACCAGCCUGUGGAGCUUUGAUACGCUCCCGAUGGUCUUAUCCUUUCUCUCUUUCUCCAAUCAGCAGUGAUGGCAGUAUUACUUUCCUCGUCUUUGACAUGAUUUAAACCAAUUUAAUGAUCAAUGAUCGGAGGAUAUUCUUCCCCUGCAGUUGGAACUGUAGAUGAAUGCAUAAUCAAUGCAAACAUACAAUAGGACACGAGGAGGUCGUCUCAGAGGCAUUGAUAUGUUUUUUGUGUCCAUCUUUUCUACGACUUUGGUCUUCGAGAGUAGAUUUAAAAUCUGUCCGUUUCAGAUGUCUGUAGAUGUCUCUGUCUGACCACGUUGGGUUUAAGAGUACAAACCUCUCUCCUUGACGGGCCUCUCUUGAAGACCAAAUGGCAAUCCUAGAAUUUUCAGGUUAUUUAAAGUAGCACAAAUAAUGUAUUUCUAAUGUUGAUGCACGUGUCUGCAAUAUCGACACUCGACUGAUACUGUAUAUGCAUUCUCGCUCAUGUCGCCAGAAGAGGAGAUUUUACAUCCACACUUGCUGUAAGGUCCAAGCAAAAACAAAUGGUCCCAAGAAGAAAUUUCAAUAUGCAACAAGUUAUUAUGCAUGGCAAAAUGUAAUUUAUCUUUUGUGUGCUGUUUUUAAAAAAAAUUGGGCUUGAUGUUUUGAUGGGGAAGAAAAUUGUGUAAGGAAAAAAGACAAAACAAAACAAAGAUUUGAGUGAAAGGAACAGCUGAAGUCGAGCGUGUGCACUUUAAAAAAUGUGUUGUGCCUGUCACACUCCGAGACAUUAUGUUUGGAUUGAGAAGAAAUGGCAAAGCUGGCGUUCUGUGGAAUCUGGCGGUGCUAAGACCUCUUUUUAAAAAAAAUUGUUUUCACUCAGGGGUGGUGGGCACUACCUGCCGCAUGGUUUUAGGUCGUCAUCUUUUCCUUUUGUCAAUUUCAAAGUGCUCUCGAUGGGUUUCACAUUUCGUACGUCUUGGCUUCGGUGAUUUCUCAAAUGUCCCUUUGAGAAAGAACAAUGCUUUUCAUUGAGAUUAACUUCAGUUUCAAUUCAGCUUCUCAGAAUGCUCCCCCCCCCCCCCCUCUUAUGACCCUUUUUAAACAGACCUGACAAUGCAUAUCAGCGCUACAUCUCAAUGAUUUGACAUCAUCCUUGUUGUGGAACCUGUUCUUGACGAGGUGUAGCGAGUGGCUUUACUUUUGCUCCUGUUUUAAGAGUCCUUCAUAUGUUCAGCCAAGAUUUUUGUCAACUUGCCGUAUACAGUACUGUCAGUUGUUAUAAUCCCCCCCACAAGGGGGCAGCACACACAUCCACUGUCCCUGAUGCAAGAAUCUCAAUGAUGAGGACAGUAUUUGUGUGGUUUUGCACUAUUCAAAGUGUUGUAAAUAAUUUUUCUAUCAAUUGUUGAUGUCCUUAAUUCUAAUGGUCCUAUAAAUAUAUUUAUUUGCAUUUUGUGUAAUUCAAAGUAGUCUCUGUGAGAUGGCUUUGCUAUUGUUUAAAAUAAAUCAAGUAUU